ACUUCUCACACCACUCUCCUCUGCUGCUGCGUCUGCCGCACCUGCACUGCUCUCCUUGUCCGUCUCGGAGCUCUCUCGCAGUCGCUAGGUUUGCACGCUCUGCUCCAAAGCUUUCUUGCCGUCCUCGUCCGGAGCAAACAUGUCACCCACAGUGCAGGACGUCGAAGCACGAAUUCAGGCCGUUAUCGAGAAGAAGCCUGAGUUGAGCGGUGCGGUAGCUGCCAAGCUCGAGGAGCUUUUGGCGGAUUUGGAGAAUUUGAGCGUCGAGGAACAGAGCGAGGGACAGUCGGCCUUCGACAAGUUGAAGAAUGGAUUCGAGUCGUUCAAGAAGCAAGUGUACCUGAAGAACACCGAGCUCACCAGCAAGCUCAAAACCGGCCAAUGGCCUAAGUUCAUGAUCAUCGCCUGCGCCGAUUCGCGAGUGUGCCCGACCCAGAUCUUCAACCUGUCGCCCGGAGAUGCCUUCGUCAUCCGCAACGUCGCCAACGUGGUCCCCCCCUUCGAGAAGGAAGGAAACCCCAGCAUGGGAUGCGCCGUCGAGUACGCCGUCCUGCACCUGAAGGUCGACCACAUUCUCGUCGUCGGUCACCGUGCAUGUGGAGGAAUCGGAGCUCUGGUGAAGAUGGUGCCCGAAGAUGGUGACUACAAGACCACCUUCAUCGAGAGGUGGAUGGAGAUCGGAAAGCCCGCCCGCGCCAUCGUCAAUGCGCAAUGCAAGGACGAGUCGGUCGAUGUCGUGUGCAAGACCUGCGAGAAGGAAUCCGUCAACAAUUCUCUCAACAACCUCAUGUCCUACCCGUUCGUCGAGGAGGCCGUGAACCAGGGCAAGGUGUCCCUACACGGAGGAUACUACGACCACAUCGAGGGAAGCUUCUCCAAGUGGGACUUCAACUCCUCGGCCUAAAUUGUACCAGAUAGUAAGUCUAUUCAGUCAGUGGUCCGUAAUUUUUAGGAUCGAAUGCCAAGUCGGUACUGAGACGGCAGAAGAGACCUGAGCUCGUUCCCAGCCGUUAUCACCUGCAUCAUUUCAUUUCGAGUCGAGAGUUUGCACAGUUCGAAUAAUUCAGAUGAACUCUGUUGAAGUUGUGGAAUCACGUUGCGCGGUGAGGGAAAUCAGGCAUCAUAGCUCUCACCACGAAGUCCUGCCGUAGAGAGGCUAGUUGUAGUGGGACUUGUAACUUCAAUCAUGUCCAUAAUCCAGGAAGUCCAAUUCACAAUCCG